ACGCUGCAUUAGAACUGGUUUUUACCAAAACAAGUGGUGGUGCGCUGCUGGAGAGGUUUAAUCAGGGUGGAUCAGCUUCUUCAGUCAUUUCACACGAUUUUUAACUCGAUUCACCAUGAACUCCAGCUGCUAGCAGGCUAAACGACGGCAUUUAAAAUGGCUUGUUCUGUGCAUGUUGUUGUUUUGCUAAGCCUUGCGUUGGGAGAUUGUUCCUCGCUUCUUGAAGAGUGCAUAACGGGCAAUGGUGUGCAGUACAGGGGACAGCAGCAGAAAUCUUCCUCAGGCAGUCUCUGUCUGAACUGGAACAACACGAGCCGGAACUAUGACGUCACACUGCACCCAGACCUGGCCACAGGUGUAGGGGACCAUAACUACUGCCGUAAUCCCGAUGACUCAGAUGAGCCCUGGUGCUAUGUUUCCGGAGCAGAUGGACAACUCCAGAGAGAAUCAUGUGCUAUUGAAGCAUGUCAAGAUGAAAGCUGCACAGGAGCUGUAAAUUGUGCCAUGAACCCGGCUGGUGAUGAGAAAGAGACGACUGAGCAGCCGGUAGUACAAGGCGCUGCUGUUCAGCCGGUGGUGGGGGUCAGUCAGCGGGUCAGGACCGGACCCAAGAAGAAGAAAGACCUUGGGACUACGGGUUAUGUCCUAGCCAUCAUCAUGAUGGCCAUCAUCAUCAUACUGGGAGUGGGAAUUACACUGGGCUACUUCUAUAAGCGGGGUCGUGAUCUGAAGAAGCAGCAUGAGCAGAAUGUGUAUGAGCGAGAGAUGCACCGCAUCACCCUUCCCUUCUCUGCAUUCGCCAACCCCACGUGCGAGCUGGUGGACGAGAACACGAUCGUUGUGGCGGCUGAACCCGCUGAGCAUGCACCAUCGCAGGGCGUCGUUGAGGGUAGCGACCCCCUCAUCGACUCUGCAGGCACCCCUGGAGCUUGACAGAUCCUGGACUGGAAAUGAUAAAAUUUUGAGUCUCAGUGGAUCAGCACUACCCCACAUACCAUCUCUCUCUCUCUCUCUCUGUCUGUCUGUCUGUCUGUCUGUCUCCUGCUUUUCAGGAGAAGAGAAAGCUCUUCAUGGACUCCUAGUAUCCUUGUCUCCUCAAUAGCAGCCAUGUUGAGGAGUGGAGGAUGCACCAAGACACAUCAGACAAUUACGGAUGCAAGGACCGGGGGAGGAGUUGUAUAAAAGUGCAUGUCAGGAUUUUUUCAAGGUGAAUACUGUUUAAACCUGGUUAUAGCAUGGUGGUCUGUUAACAAGCCUUAUGCACAUGUUGGAAAUGAAGCUGUGUAUUAUAUCAAUUGAAAAAUUGGGGGAAUUGCAUUCUUUUUCCUGUUUUCUGAUGAUCAUGCACUAUGUUAAUUGAAGGAAAAUUCCAGUGCAAGCACAGGCAUUUUUCCUCCCACAGCAUUUAGCGCUACAGUGCCCCUCUGGACUUGUAGCACUCGGUAUUUGAGUGGCUUUGGGUCAAUCAGCAAAGUGGAUCUAUAUUCAUCAACUUUGACAGGCCCAUUUUCAGAAACCUGCACUCGGGUUAUUACAGCGAACAGUGCCCAGGUUUCCACACACAUUGCCUUGGGGUGUUGAAUAUUAAUGUAACUCAGACUGUAGGCUUUUCAAAGUGUUACUAUUUUGGGGAGGUGUAGAAAUACAUUCCCAAGGACGCUAGAUGCAAUGAAAGACUAGCAAUGCCUGAAAGUGUGUUGUGGAUCAGGUUAGUGAGGUCAACACUGGCUCUGUUCCUCAUGUGGUAUUAGUGUAGACUGUCCUUGAGCAGAGAUUAGGUGUUAAAUGAUUUAGACUGGCAGCACAAACAUUUCACACAGCAUUUCAAAUCGGAUUUAUAUCUUAAAUUCCUUUUUUUUUUUUUUUUUCCUCCCCUGUAAUGUCUGCUUUGCUACCGAAUCGGAUUUUUCUGGACUGCGGAUCAUUAACUGCACAGACGGAGGUCUGUAAAUUAGUGCAGGGCAGGAAAGUUAGUCGUCUACUAGUUUUUUUUUUUUUUUUUACCCCAGAUGAGCUCCACUGAUGCAACCCUGAUCAUCUGAUGUCUUUUAUACACUUUUCUGGCCACACGCUUCAGGAUCUUGAAGGUAGCAAUUUGAUUGGCUGUCUGCAUUUUUGUUUAUGAUGGAAAAACAAACAUUUAAACACUGACAAAAUGAACGUUUUUGUAGCAAGAUAUAGUCACUGGAUUUAAAAAUGGUCACGUCAUCCCGUCUUUAAGAAUUAAUCGGAAAUUUUGAAUGAAAGGUGGCUCUUGGAUGCGUUUUGUAACAAAGAGUAUCAGACUCUAGCGAGAGAUCAGGCUUGGGAGACUAACAUGAUGGAAACCAUUUGGAGAAAGCCAUCAUUCUUUCAUUUGUCUUUGCUGAUCGAAAUCUUCCCUGCUCAAGAUGUCAAAUUCGUUUGAUAUUGACAGAUGAAAGCUGUCUGUGUUAAUCUGUCUGUGUUAUUUGAGCAAAUCCAUUAUGGGGGAGAAAAAAAAAAAGCCUGAAAUCUUGUAGAAACCCCUGAAUUUUUUUCUUCACAAGCUGGGAAGGUAUUAUUUUGGUUUCUGUUUAUUUUGUAAUGACCUGGAGUCUGUAUUCUCUCUCUCCCCCCCCCCCCCCCCCCAUCUUCUUGAUCUAUCAGAACACACCUGCAUAUAGUUUCAAGAGAUCUUAUUUUUAAUGUUUGGCAGAUUUUCACUGCUAUGAAGAAAUUUAAAAUAAAAACUGAAUGCAAUAUG